AUGACCAGGAGCCUUGAAGGCGAAGAGGUUUCGAACGUUGGAAAUACUGGCACUCUGGAAGCAACAGUCAGAAAUGAGUAUUACAUAAAUGGGGGAACGGAGGAAACCCAAUCAGGUCUGGUAAUUAUUAUGGGCAAGAACAGGUUCCGACUGACGGGACGUCGCUGGGGAAUGGAGUAUUCAUUGUCUAAAAUAACCUUUCAUCAUGAAAGUCAUCAUCGUCGCGGUGGUAUCGGCGGCCUCGCAACCUACCACGCUCUGCACACAUACCUACCUUCCAACACCACCAUCAAAGUCUACGAAUCCUACCCAAGCCCUAAUACAGUAACAUCGGGCAUCGGGGGUGGUAUUGGCAUCGUCCCCAACGGUCUCCGCGCGCUCAACGCCAUCUCACCACCAUCCGUACUCUACCUGAGAACGCACGGGAACGUAUGCCCCUACUUUGUCAUUCGAAACGAAAACGGAACCACGCUAGGACGACUGGGAGGUCUAGAUGAUAGGAUUCUGCUCCCCAGGGCAUCGGUACACGAGAGUUUGCUGUUGGGAAUCCCGGAUGGCGUAGCAGAGUGGGGACGAAAGGUGGUGGAGGUGAAGGAGACGGCGGACGCUGCUCAAGUUGUCUUUGAAGAUGGCAUGGUAGAAACAUGCGACCUCGUCGUUGGCGCUGACGGCGUCAAGAGUGUAUGCAGACAGGCGCUCAUUGGCAAAGAGGCCUACCAAGCACGAUACGACGGCCUAACUGGUGUCGGCGGCUUUGCACCGUUCGCGUCCCUCACACCCGCCCUCCAACGUGGAAUAAAGGCUGACCAAGCAGCGAUGACAUUCAGCCGCAACGGGUUCUUUGGUUACGCUCUUUCUUUGCCUGCAAACACCCCCGUUAGCGAACAGCAAGUCAUGUUCUGGUCGACAUACGAGACCGACACACCUCCGUCCCGUGAUUUGCCCUCAGAAGACAUACGCAACAUCUUCAUCCAAAAACACGACUCAUGGAGAUCUCCCUACACAGGCGCAUUCCGUCAGAUCAUCGAUGCUGCGUCCCGACCCACUACUACCGACUCCCGCUUCACCAAAUGGCUUGUCCUACCUCGCUACGAAAUCCCGCACUUGCCAUACUGGACAUCCCUCCACGGGACCGUGCUAGGACCAGCAAUAGGCGCUGCAAGGAUCAUCCUCAUGGGUGAUGCAGCCCAUGCUGCCUCACCUGAUUCCGGACAAGGCGCGUCGAUGGCCUUUGAAGACGCCCAAAUGCUCGGCCUACUACUCCGCCAUUACCUGUCCCACUCCGAUCUACUUCCCAAAGUCGCCAAGGCAUACGAGGAUAUGCGGAUACCCCGUGUGGGCAGGACCCUUAGACUGGGGAGACGCCAGGCGGAUGGCAAGCGCGAGAUCAGUCGGUUCAAGGCCGCAGUCAGGGAUUUAAUACUUUGGAAUAUGUGUCACCUUCUACUUCGUGUCCUGCUGUGGCUGAACCCGACUCAUUUAUACAAUGUCGAGAAAGAGGUAGCUGAAUACAGCUACGACUUGAUGAAUGCUUAG